GUGAAAAGUUUUAUUAUAGCCUUCUUCAGAUGGCGUUUUAUUCAUAACAUUAAAGCCGGAGAACAAAGUUGUUUACUAUUGGUCGAAAUCUCUGAUGGGCAAUUUUACAACAACUUCACCAAUAGUUGAAGUCCUGUUUAAGGUGAAUUCAGCCCAGUUUAACGAUUAUCAGGAAACAAGCUUCUCAUUAAGUUUCAGACAAGAAUGUGGUGGAGUUUUCACUAAACCUACGGGAAUACUAAAGAGUCCAUAUUACCCAGCAGACUAUCCAGCUCUAGCAGAAUGUAUAUACGAAAUUCGUACGAGUCCUGGACAUAUAAUCAAUAUUACAUUUAACAAUAUGGUGAUAGAACGUGAGACCCGAUGUGAAUAUGACUAUUUAAAGAUUCAAGAUGGUGAAGAGAAAAACAGCUCUGUUAUCGCACUGUUUUGUGGAAGUGUUGUGCCAAAGCCACUAAUAUCUACAAACAAUUACUUAAGAUUGACUUUUAGAACUGAUGGUGCUACUGAGUAUCGAGGAUUUUAUGCAGCUUAUACUGUUGUAGAAAAUGGUGAGAUCAAACAGUAUUAAUUACUUUUUUUUAAC